AUGAUGUUCACCAAGUCUUUCGGCAUCGCCGCUGUUUUCGCUACUCUGGCCUCCGCUCUGCCCGGUGGCAUGGUCCGCCGCCAGGCGACUGCCGAUAGCGGCAGUGUUUUGAUCACCAACACCCUGGACAAGGACAUCUACGCCUGGUCUGUUUCCCAGGACGUUGGCCCCAUGCAGACCAUCAAGGCCGGUGGCGGUACCUACUCUGAGAAGUGGCAGACCAACCCUAACGGCGGUGGUAUUUCCAUUAAGCUCGCUACCGACCCCAACCAGUCCGACGUCCUGCAGUUCGAGUACACCCAGGCUACUGAUACUAUCUUCUGGGACCUCUCUUGCAUCAACAUGGGCACUGGCUCCGAGUUCACCCAGUACGGCUUCGCCGUUAUCCCCUCCGCGGAUGCUUCCGACUCUUGCCCCCAGGCCAUCUGCCAGGCUGGUGAUGCCAACUGCGCUUCUGCCUACCUCCAGCCUACCGAUGACCACGCUACUCACGGUUGCCCCAUCAGUACCGGUCUGGGCCUGACCAUCGGCCAGUAA